CAGUUCCUGAGCACCGGCAGCACCGUCCACGCCGAUUACAACUGGGCAACCAUCCUCAUCCCAUCGGAUUUAAAGGGGAACUCCCAGUCAGGCUGAACAUCAUUAUUCGUUCUUGUAAGUCUGCCACCAUUUACCAACUGAUACACAGUACAGUGACCCGCACUGCCUUUAACGCAGGAGGAUUACAAUUUAAAGAGAGGCCUUGAGGAGUUUGACCCCAUCUAACCAGGAGUUCGACCACUGAAAGCAGAACUCCAGGAAAGUACCAUGAAGAUUUCACUGCUGCUGCUCAUUGCCAAUCUAAAUCUCCUCUGGGGACUCAUCCCAGUGCAUGAAAUGAAUCCAACAUACUGGAGGAACCAAGCUCAAGAAACACUGAAACGAGCACUUGACCUGCAAAACCUCAACACUGGGGUUGCGAAAAAUGUUAUUCUUUUCCUAGGCGAUGGAAUGGGGAUACCCACAGUGACUGCUGCUCGAAUUCUGAAAGGCCAGUUGGAAAGCAAAACUGGAGAGGAAGGUUUCUUGGAAAUGGAUAAGUUCCCGCAUGUAGCUCUUUCAAAGACCUAUAACACCAAUGCCCAGGUGCCUGACAGUGCUGGCACAGCGACAGCCUACCUAUGUGGUGUCAAGGCAAAUGAAGGCACAGUGGGCGUGAGCGCAGCUUCAGUGCGUAGACAAUGUAAUACCACCUUCGGCAAUGAAGUGACAUCCAUUCUGAAAUGGGCAGAAGAUGCUGGUAAAUCCACGGGCAUAGUAACUACAACACGGGUACAGCAUGCCACGCCCAGUGCUUCCUACGCUCAUUCGGUGAAUAGAGAAUGGUACGCAGAUUCUGACAUGCCGCUUGAUGCACUGGAACAAGGCUGCAAAGAUAUUGCUCAACAACUUGUUCAUAACAUUCCUGGUAUUGAGGUGAUUAUGGGAGGUGGCAGGAAGUACAUGUUCCCAAGAGACACACCUGAUGUUGAAUAUCCAAAUGACUCAAAGGCCAAUGGCACGCGGCUUGAUGGAAAGAAUCUGGUGGAGGAAUGGAAAAACAUGAAAAAGGGCAAGAAUGCUCGUUAUAUCUGGAACAGGGAACAGCUCAAAAGCCUUGACCUGUCAAGAGUAGAGCAUUUAAUGGCCCUGUUUGAACACGGUGACCUGCAGUACGAGUUGGAAAGGAAUAAAACCACUGACCCCUCCCUGGAGGAAAUGGUGACAGCAGCAAUCAGAAUUUUGAGCAAGAACCCGAAAGGUUUCUUCUUACUGGUUGAAGGUGGCAGGAUAGACCAUGGACACCAUGAAGGAAAAGCCAAGAUGGCUUUGUAUGAAGCUGUGGAAAUGGACAAGGCCAUCGGGAGGGCUGGCUCCUUAACCCGAGACACUGAUACACUAACAGUCAUCACAGCCGAUCAUUCUCACGUUUUUACAUUUGGUGGUUAUACUUUCCGAGGAAGCAAUAUAUUUGGUCUUGCUCCAUAUUUAAGCGAUGUGGACAGUAGACCAUUUACUUCAAUUCUGUAUGGAAAUGGACCUGGGUACACACUGCAAAAUGGAGAAAGGCCAAAUGUUUCAAACAGUGAAAUCUAUGAGAACAAUUACCUGGCACAGUCGGCGGUGCCACUGAGACAAGAAACGCAUGGAGGAGAAGAUGUUGCCAUAUUUGCAAAAGGCCCAAUGGCUCACCUCUUCCACAGUGUGCAUGAGCAGAACUAUAUCCCACACGUUAUGGCAUAUGCAGCCUGCAUUGGUCAAAACAAGGAACACUGCACCACUCUUCCCUCUCAGCCCUGUGGCAAUGGCGCAUGGGUGCCUGAGGGCACGAGUGCCAUUUUGUUAGUAUUGCUGGCACUACUGUCCUGUGUCUAGAGGAAUAUUUUUCUAGAGACAGCUUUAGGGUGGACUGUGCCUGUUAAUCAGGAAUCCCUCUUCCUCUUAUCAAUGCAAUGGUUCUGGUUUGUGGAGCAGUGUGAUUGCUCGCCCGCAGAACAAGACCUGUAAAAGGUGUGAGCACUCCCGCACACAUGGCCCUUCCUGAUCACACUGCCCCAUGGAGCAGAACGACCACCUCCCUCUCUCCUUCCCCACCCUACCUAGUUUGCCCUCCUGCCAGCCUCAUUUUGAGACCUGCAACAAAAAGCAUGAACCUUAAAUUUUAAAAAAAACCACUAGCUAUCUGCAUAGCAAUAGGAUAAAUUCUUGUGCUCUAAUGACAACUGCCUCUUCCUCCCCUUCCGUGUUGCAGCUCAAUAUUCUGCAGACUUGACUCCAGAGGCUUUUAGUAGAUGCCGGCUGGAUGAUGUCCAUGCUGGGAUUAAUGAGCAGAUAGACCCGGCAUUACCCAGUGACCAUAUCACCUCUCCGCACUCUGAAAAGGAAAAGGUCCACUUCUCAAAUUUGUUAUCUCACCCCUCGCACCCCCUUAAAUCCCAAUCAAACCAGAACCAUUGUAUGAGCCAACGCUAAAAUCAUUACGAUGAAAUUCUCACAAUGACCCUGUGGAAUGGGAUCUCCAUUCCUCCGUGUGAAAACGUCAUCACAUUGAUCACGGUUGCCUCCCUUGACUAGUCCAUGGUUAAUAAGCAAUUAUGUUUGCCGACUUAAUGUACUUCAUCAAAGGAUCAAGUCUUUAAGGACUGUAAAUAAAUGUCUGGUUGGGCCAAUGCGUUUGAUUUUAGUCACGGAUUUUAAAGACAGAAAUGAUCUUCAAUUUUGCGGGAGCACUGUCCUGAUAGUUAACACUGCAUCUAAUGUCAGUAAAAUGUGGAGGAAGCUGCCAGGAAAAUAAAUUGUUGGGUGCUAAUUAUUCUGCGAAAUCCAAGGGGUGAGGUGAAGAGCUGGCACAGUGGAAGAAAAGGAUUAAUCUUCUUUCUUGUGGUAGCAGCUGAACUGGUCCUUGCUGACAGGAAUGUGCUCUAUAAAGUUAACCAAUGUUCUGAGCACUCUAAUAGGAACAUGGUGUAUAAAUACCAUUUGUCUUUCAAAGGCCAUUGCUUUUAAAUACCCUUUAGGGGUAAAAUGUAACUAAUGUACAGAAUUCCCAGCAGUGAUAGGGUCAAACUCUGGGAAGUUAUAUAUUUGUUUAUUCUGAGUUUCACAAGUCAAACACUCCUCUCAUGUCCUGGGUCAAACCCUUGAGAAUUCAGACAACCAGGAGACAUCUCUGUAACUGGAGAAUUAAAGCUACAUUUGCAGAAGACAAUUCGUUUUUAAAAAAUCUUCUACUUUUCCACAAAACCAUAUUGAAACACCCCUGCAGAAAGAACAGUUUAAAUAUCAAAAUUAAGCCAGCAAGUUAUUUGUGUCUGCAUGUUUUAUUAUUUAUCCCUUGUUUUUGUGAAGUUUUAAAUUUCUUGGUGUCGGGCACUGUUCUGCCCAAAUGAUGAGCGGGGGCCUGUUUCCAGGCCUCUUCCAGAAGUAAAAACCAGUUCAAAGUUGUCAAAAACCAGUAUGUCAGUGGCCCUAACCAGUUGCUUAGAGAGAGAUGUGGCCUACCUGAGGCCACAUGUCUGUCACUGCGUCUUGCUUUUCCUCCCCAGGGAUUGAGGGUGGUGAUGGAGAAGAGUCCAUUCAGAGGCGUCAGAGACGCCAGUGUUGGCAAGCAUCAGGCGCAUCCUUGCCAAUACCCAUGAUUCCCAAAAGCACCUUCAACCUACACAGCAUUCGAGAGGCAGCCCUUGUUAGAUUUCUGGAUCUGACUUCCUUGGAGCUACCUUGAGCUUCUGUCUUGACCAAAGGGAACCCCUUUGCAAACGACAAGUUGCUGGGGUAAGUUGCAGAUUUGAACAUGCACACCCUGCCAUUAUCCCACCCAGGAUGCUGCUGAGGAGGAGAAGCACCACAAUAAUUGCUCGAUUAAAUAUUAAACAAAUUGUGUAAAUCAGAUUUAAAGUAUUGGUUUCAAAUUGUAACCAUUUCCUUGUGUUACCAAUAUCUGUCUUAUUUGAA